AUGUUUUGGCGAGUAGCGGGCCUCGCGGCAACCUCACCGGUUGAUUUAAUUCUUGACAGAGAUCAGUAUACCCUUGAGGAGCUACUGGACGAGGAUGAUCUUAUUCAGGAAUGCAAGUCUCUGAACAACCGGCUUGUGAACUUCCUUAAAGGGAAGCCGCAAGUCGAGAAGAUGAUCCGAUAUGUGGUGGAGGCACCUCCCGACGAUGGAGAUGCUAAGCGGACAUUCAAAUUCCCGUUUAUCUCGUGCGAAGUCUUUACAUGCGACAUUGAUCAGAUAUUAACGACAGUGGUCGAGGAAGAAGAGAUUAUGGAUCUGCUGUUCUCCUUCACAAAUCCAGAUCGCCCGCACUCGAACCUUCUUGCAGGGUACUUCAGCAAGGUGGCUGUUUCGCUUCUUAUCCGAAAAACUCCAGAAGUGAUGGCAUACCUUCAGAGGCAUCCAGAGGUUCUGGAUAACCUGAUUCGACUGAUCGGGAUCACAUCCGUAAUGGAGGUCGUGAUGAAGCUUGUGGGAGCAGAUGAUCAAAUCAUGAUGUAUCAUUCCGACAAGCUGGAAUGGCUGGCUGAGACGAGCCUACUGGACACAUUGCUGUCCCAACUCAGUGCUCAGAGCUCCUCAGAUGUUCAUGCGAACGCGGCCGAGUGCUUGUCGGCCAUCGCGAGAACAGCCCCAUCCGCAUUGGCCGCUCAGUUGUCAACCCCCAAGUACAUUGGGAAGUUUUUCGAGCAUGUGCUGGAAGGCCCGAGAUCGAUGACAUCCGUCAUCAACUCUCUGUCUGUUUGCAUCACGUUACUCGACCCAAAGCGUGCACCGCCUCCCGGCGUCAUGCGCAACCAGCUCCAAUAUCAGCUGCAGACCCAGCAGUAUCAUCAGCAGCAGCAAGUGAUAUCUGUGGAGACUGUUGAAGGGAUGGUUCAGCGGCUGGGCGAGUUAAUUGGCAUUCUAGACCUUUCAAAUGACGACAAAGUCCUCCCAACAACCUAUGGAGAGCUACGGCCGCCGCUUGGUAUUCACCGUCUCAAGAUUGUGGAGUUCAUUGGAGUGCUUCUUGGCACUAACAGCGAGCUUGUGCGCCAGGAGGUUGUGAGGCUUGGCGGCGUGCGCACCUGUUUGGAUCUCUUUUUCAGAUUUCACUUCAACAACUUCUUGCACCACCACGUGGAGAGGAUGGUGAUGGCCAUUCUGGAAAGUGGCAGCUCGUUGCUGCUGGAGCAUCUCUUUGUGGAGUGUGACCUCCUCAACCGAAUCAUGACCGCUUAUGACGACCCCCAUGCGCCAGAUUCACGCCCAGAGCCGCGAGCUGCGUCAGCGAGAGUGCCUGCACGGAGCGGGUACAUGGGCCACCUGACCAGAAUAGCCAACCGGAUCUGCCAGUUGGCAGCGUCAAACUCUCAGAUCGAGGCUCACGUUCAGGCAAAUCCACGGUGGGCGGACUGGCAGAAGAACGUUCUGAGAAAACGUCUUUUGCUCGAAAAUGUAUACCAGUGGUCUUGCGGCCGACCAGCAGCGCUGGACGAUCGGCCAGGCGACAGUGACGAUGACGAGUUCAACAGCCGCGACCGGGACUUUGACAUCUCCACCAUCUCGCUCACAGGGGGCUCCAACGCCAACAGGAGCUACGGGCAAUACGCCUAUGGACAGUCGCUGCUUGACUCAGACGACGUGGAGGAGGGCCACGAGCUCAGGGAUCCCUAUGACGUGGACCUGGUGAAGGCGGAGCAAGAAAUCGAGACUCUGGCCCUGACUGAGAAUGCACCCACAAGUGGGGCGUCUGAGCUGCUGCCCACGCCUGCAGCUGAGGAGCCGGACAAGCCUCUGUCCAGCGACAAGCCCGAGGGUGAAGACGCUGCAGAUGAAGAUGCUGCAGAUGAAGAGGAGGAAGAAGGCACCGAGCAGACUGGCACUGACGAAUCUGGUUUCAAGCCGUUGCUACUGGACGGCCCCAGCAGCCUGUUCACAUCAUCAGAGGCAGCUCAAACCGCAUGGGUGGCGUUUCAAGAGGAGCAGCAGAUGGCAGCAGCAGGUGAUGGUGGAGAGGGUAGUGCAGAAAUAGCUGAAGGGGCAGAUGAAGGGGCAGUCGAGGGGGCAGCUGAAGGGGCAGACGAAGGGGCAGCUGAAGCUUUGGCUGAAGGGGCUGAAGAGGCAGUUGAAGGGGCAGCUGCAGGGGAAGGUGAAGUGGCAGCGGUAUCUGUUGGAGUUGAAGUUUCAGCAUCUGAAGUUACAAGAAGCAGUGAAAGUUCUGGUGCUGCUGUAGUCACUGAUGUGGAUGUAGCUGAGACAGGCACUGACGAAUCUUCCGGGGCUGAUGCAGCAGAAAUCAUCGAGGAGUCAGGCAGCGCUGGUGCUGAUGUUGCAGCAGCAAUCACUCAAGAAUCGAGUGUAGAGUCAGGAAGCACCCAGCAGGCUCUGGACGUUUUUGAGAGUUCACCCUUCGUUGCAGCUUCCAUGCCAGAGGCAACAACAGAAGACACUGCUGGAGCACAAUCUGACGAUGCUCUUGAUACCAAAGCUGACGCUGCAGCUGCUCCACUCACAGAGGCUUUAACAGAGACACCGACUGACACCACUUCAGGUGAAACCACAGAUGAGUCCCCAGUCACCGACACAACAGCAGCCGAAGUUCCUGUAGUAGCAGGUGAUGUAGCAGAGGCAACGGGUGAGGCAGUCUCAGGCAUAGAGGGAAACUCCUUGGGAGAAGAAAUCAGGGGUGUGGGGGAGACAGGUGAAGUAGGACCUCAGGGAGGUAACAGUGAAGGACAUGCAGGGACAGAAGCUGAUAGACUGGCAGGGGGUGGAGCUGCAGCUGUAGCGCCAUCAUCAUCUGAGGUCCAAUCAGAAUCAGCAGGUGCUGUGGCCAGUGAAUUGGCACAAUGA